AACAGACAGUGCCAUCGGGCCCAGGCCCCCGGGCUUCCCCUCACGAACUUGUGCGUGGUGCUCGAGUCAUUUUCCUAUUCCCGAUCGAUUUCCCCUUUAAUCCCGCCCCUCCUCCUGUGGCCGGGCCGCACACGGACUCCCUCAUCAGCCACUUGCAGUCACAAGUCGACCUUCUCCAGCCGCCGUUUGCUUAUCGUUCUGUCUGCCCUGCCCUGCCCUGCCCCGUCCCAUCCCGUGUCGUCCCAACCCCCUCUCUGGCCUGGCUGUUGUGUUCGGACUGACGGCGGCCUGAAGACAUACAUACAUCACUGGCAUAUCCAGCCAAGACCGGUCCUGAUCCGGUCGCAUGCAUUGACUGGCAGCACUCGUGCCCGGCCGCAGAGUGGGAAUAAGCUCACGGCCACCCGAGCACCGAGGGACCAGCCACCGACCCGAGUCGUCGUCCACCGGCCCCCUUCGUCUUAUUCCCGGCCUGCCACCCGUCCAAAAAGAAACCUCCGUCUAACAAACCCACGCGAGGAUCCGAGACCACGGACUCGGAACGGCCCUCUCCUUGGCUCUUGGAGGGCUCGUGCUACGUCAAAAGCGAGACUGAUUCAUGAUCGGCAGAAUUGAGUUUGCAUGAGUGGAUAGUCCAGCCUGUCAAACCGGCAAGCCUCCGCCAGAGUCACGGGCGCCGGCCUCACUGUCAGUGUCAGUAUCGCUCCACCAAGGAGCGACAGGACCAGCCAGUCGGUCAGCGUCACCACCGCUGUCACUCUCACUAUCGAGUCCAGCCAGUGUCACCGUCCCAUCGGGAAUAUCCCCCGGCCAUAAGGAGCCAUGGAGCGCCCGCCCGCUCAUCCUCGCCCACAUCACUAUCCCUCCCACUCCAAGCCCAUACAAUACACCAGGGUGCCCAUAGGCGGGCCAGACCGUCCGCCCGUGACCCAGUCGCCCAGCCCGAGCACCAUCUACACGUCUCCCCCGGGCGGCGGGGGCGGCAGGGAAUCCUCCUCCUCCUACCCUGCCCCGAGUAAUGGCUCCCCCAACCGGGACCUCGGCAGCCCGGGUAUAAAGAGGGAGUCUGGCCCCCGCGACGGCUCGGAACAAGGUGCCGACUGCUCCAGCGAGGUCACACGACGAAGCUCCACUGCCUACCCCGACGGCUCCCAGUGUAACGAUGAGUUGAAGUCCGAGGAUGCGGUCGGUGAGCCCUCGAGGAAGAAGCAGAAGCGGAAUAAGCCGACGCUGUCCUGUUUCGAAUGUGUUGAGCGGAAGACCAAGUGUGACCGUGGGAGACCUCACUGCCUGGCCUGCAUAAAACGGCAGACCGAGUGCAAAUAUGCCCACGUCGCCAACCUCCUCGAGGAGACCUCACGCUCACUGUCCAGCGGCCGGCGGAUGACCAAGCCGCCAAAGAAGAAGCCGGCCGGAGCAGGAGACCCCAGGUCGCCGAUACCAAACAUCGCCGACCGGGGCGUGCUGGCCACGAACAACUACCUGUCCAAGGCCGCCGUCGCCCUGUCCACCGGCCUGCUGUCGACCGUGCCAUACUCGCUCGGCACGGGGUCGAACGUCUUCGGCGUGGGCUCGGCGCACCCCUUCGUCAACGUGUGGAGCUGCUCGGGCCGGCUCAACGAGGUGAUCGGGCUGAUGCCCAGCAAGCUGCAGUGCGACAUGCUCAUACACCGGUACUUUGAGUGCGUGGACCCGGUGUACCCGAUCCUGGACCAGCAGGCGUUUGUCGAGGACUACGAGCACUUCUGGACGCUGUCGGAGGAGAAGAAGCACCAGGCGGACGCGGCGUUCGUGGCGCUGAUCAUGGCGAUGCUGGCGCUGGGCAUGCAGUUCCUGCAGAGCGAGCUGAUGACCAAGUCGGAGCGGGCCGGGGCGGCCGAGCUGCACGCCUCGUCGAGCAACCAGGCCCUGCGCAUGAGCUCGUACCUCAGCACGGCGUCCAUCCGGUCCAUCCAGACCAUGGUGCUGCUGGUCUACUUCCUCAUCAACGACAACCACGCCUCGGACGGCUGGGCCUUCGCCGGCAUCCUCAUGCGCCAGGCCUACGCCAUGGGCCUGCACCGCGACCCCAACAUCGUCACCCCGGCCGCGAGCCCGGCCGAGAAGCAGGAGCGCCGCAAGGUCUGGCAGGCCGUGCUGCACCAGGACACCUUCCUGACGGUGCUCCUGUCGCUGCCGCCCAACGCCACCCACACCGACGUCCACGUCGACGACAUGGUCGACGAGGUGGGCCCCGCGGGCGGCUACAAGGCCGUCAACGCGGCCGAGGCGUCGUCGGCGUCGACGGACCUGGCCUACAUCCGCGGGUCCUGGACCCUCGCCAACCUGGUGCAGGAGAGCAUCUGCUCCCCGCGGUGCCUCGACAUGCCCAUCUGCGCGACGCCGCGCCACAAGACCAAGCUGGUGGCCGACUUCCGGGCCGUCUACCGGUCGUUCCCGGACAUCUUCCGCUCGUGGGACGCCGAGAGCCUCACGGCCCUGGCGCAGACCAACGGCCGCGCCGCGCGCCAGACGCUGUGGCUCACCAGCAACUACUUCCACAACGCCAUGCUCGUGCACGCCUCCGAGUCGCCCGACGUCCCCGUCAACAUGCGCGCCACCCUCGAGGCCGCCCACGACGCCAUCAACGCCUUCUUCAUGCUGCACACCCUCUUCGAGGCAGAGGCCCGCACCUGGUGGGUCUUCAACCACCGCGCCUUCCUCGAGGCCCUCUGCAUCGGGAGCGUCCUCCGCGAGACGGCCGGCGAGCCCGGCGGCGAGGACGUCGUCAACAAGGAUCAGCUUUUCGUGCGGGGCCGCGGGGAUAUCGCUCGCCUCGUGCACAUAAUGACCCGCAUGGGAGAAGGCGAGGAAGGGUCCGAGGUCGCCCGGACGAGAGCGCAGGUCCUGAGCGAGUUCCUUUGACAGGCUCGACGAGCAAGACCCCAAGAUUCGCCCUUAUUACCAAGAUCCGAUAUCGUAUUUAAACGUGCAUAGCUAUUGUAUUAACCCGCUUCCUCCACGCCGGCCUCACAGUCCGUCAGCCCUCCACUAUUUACGAGCUGGCCCGUCCCCCAGAAAGAGAAGCGCCCAUGGUUCUCAGGAGUCACGUGCGGCAGGCUCGUACUUGGUGAAUGGUGAUGGUCAUGGCGGGCCCAUUACCUACCUGGUCACUUGCUGGAUAUGUUCAAAGGCUGAUGCUACGAUGUACCUACCUCUUAU